CAUCAUCAUCGCCAGCCAUGGCGGCUUCUCCUCUCCAAGCCCCAGAGGCAGUCCCCCUCCCUCCUCCUCCUUCCAGCGACUUCAUGUCUCAAGACCAAUGGGACAUGCUCUGGGCCCUCCUGGACGGCAUCCUGCCAUCCUACGUCAGGGCCUCUGCUGUCACGGACAAGGAGACGCAGAUUCCCAUACCAGAUGCCGAGUUCGACCGCCUCGUCGAAAGCAUCACCAACUCUUUCGAGAAUCCUCCGAGCAAGGAGCUCAUUGCCGAGUAUCUCGCCUAUCGACCGGCGGAGCAAGCGUCGUUUCGAGUCGACUGCCUGCGCAGUCUGGCCGCAUCGCCGGCAAAGGCCAAGCUUGCAAAGGUGCUCGGGUCGCUGGGUACACGCACGGGAAGCCUCUUGUUGACGGGUUACUGGAGCCCCAUCACCCAGCAGCCCGCCAGCGUGCGCGAGGCCAUCGUAAAGUCCUGGACAACUUCGAGGCUCGCAACGCUCAGGGGGCUCGCCAAAUCCCUCGCCACCCUGGCUAAUAAGGCCAACGGCACAACGAGCCCCUACUACAAGAAGCUCUCGGGAUACUCCGACGUGCCCAAGGACUGGAAGCCCGUCCAAGGAUUCGAUUUCAAAUUCAUUAAGCUGCCGCCUGGGAACGACGUCCACGAUCUCACCACCGACGUCGUCAUCGUCGGUUCUGGGCCUGGGGGCGCUGUCUGCGCAAAGAACUUGGCCGAGGCAGGGCACAAGGUCCUCGUCGUCGACAAGGGAUACCACUUCCCCCCUUCGUCCCUCCCCAUGCCUCAAGACGCCGCGCUCAAUUACCUGUUCGACAACGGCGGCGGCGCCUACGUCAGCGAAGACGCGAGCACCGCCCUCACUUCCGGCAGCUGCUGGGGCGGCGGCGGCACCAUCAACUGGAGCGUGUGCUUCAAGCUGCAGGACUUCGUUCGCCAGGAAUGGGCCGACGAGGGACUCCCGCUCUUCACGUCGCGCGACUUUGACGAGUGCGUCGACCGCGUCUGGGAGUACAUCGGCGCCGGAACCGAGGCUGUCCGACACAACUUUCGCAACGGCGUGCUGUUUGAUGGGUGCAAGAAGCUGGGCUGGCACGCAGGCAUCGCCGCCCAGAACACGGCCAACAAGAACCACGACUGCGGUCACUGCCAUCUCGGCUGCGGAUCGGGAAUCAAGAGAGGGCCCACGGUGAGCUGGCUGCCAGCCGCGGCCGCUGCCGGGGCCGAGUUCAUGGAGGGCCUCAGCGUUGAAAGGGUGCUGUUUGACAGCGACGGUACGACGGCAACAGGCGUUCAGGGGACGUGGCUCUCGAGAGAUGCCGAGGGCGGUCUUGACAAGGACGUCGCCGAACGGACGCAGCGCAACGUAAUCAUCAGGGCCAAGAAGGUCAUUGUGUGCGCUGGAAGCUUCUGGAGUCCCGUCAUACUGUUGAAGAGCGGCAUCCAAAAUCCGCAAAUUGGACAGAACCUCCAUCUACAUCCAGUCAACUGCUUGAUGGCAGUUCACCGACAACAGACUCGGCCCUGGGAAGGCAGCAUCAUCACAAGCUGGAGCGGCGAGUUUGAGAAUCUCGAUGGCAAAGGACACGGGGCAAAGCUGGAGGCGUUAUGCAUGGUGCCUUACAUUGCCUUCUCGUUGCAAGGUUGGACCGGAGGCCUUGAUGCCAAGCUCACCACCAUGAAAUACCACUACUCUAGCUCUUUCAUCUCGCUGGCCCGCGAUCGAGACUCCGGCCGGGUAUUUGUCGACCCUGAGACUGGGGGCCCGCGUAUCGACUACACCACUUCUGAUUUCGACCGCGAGAACAAUCUCGAGGGUAUCAUUGGCCUCGCCAAGGUCGCCUACGUUAGCGGCGCAACAGAGAUGCGAGUGCAUUACCCCGGCGUGCCGCCGUUCCUGCCCAAUGCCGCGGAGCAAGAGAAGCACGUCCAAGACAAAGACCCCGAGUUCACAGACCCUGCCUUUGCCAAGUGGCUGCAGCAACUUCGCACCAUGGGCAACAAGCCGCCUCUGACGUCCUUUGGCUCGGCGCACCAGAUGGGAACGUGCAGAAUGAGCGCCACCAGGGAGGCUGGCGUGGUGGACGAGAGGGGAAGCGUCUGGGGCACGAGCAACCUGUAUGUUGCGGACAGUAGCGUGUUCCCGAGCGCGAGCGGCGUCAACCCUAUGGUGACCGUCAUGGCCAUUGCAGACUGGAUAUCACGGGGUGUCUCUAGGGAGCUGUAGGGGAACGAUGGACGAGCAACCUCACCCCUUGACCUGGGAGGCUCAUUGGAUGGAUAUGGAAUAGGUCUGUGUCCGCACGGAGAGUAUAGAAGCAGGGGCCAUUGGAUGGAAGCAUUGCUGUUUCACCUUUUCAACCUAUGAGGAACGAGGUUCAAGCGCUUUCGGUGGCCGGAGACGCAUAAGGAAAGGAUUCGGGGAAGGCCCAGAAUUGAUAGCUCGCCUUGCUAGACGAAGAAUGGAAAGCCACUCAAACAGUGUCGCCUUGCUUCCAGGGAGAGACCUGAUGAUGUCGUCCUUGUUGAGGCCAUGCUUCGGCGUGUCCCUUUGCCCAACAGCACAACACCAAAGCGUUCCGCUCUGACAUGCCAUGCCGUGCCAUGCCGUCCCGCGCCAUGUCGUGCCA